CCCGUCCAGACGCGCCGCGGAGAGGCCAGAGAGCGCACGGGCACGGGCGGUCGCCUCGCCCCGGCCGAGGAGACGAUGAACAGCGCCAAGAGCGACCCGGAGCCCUGCCCCGCCGAGCCGAACCUGCCCGAGGAAGAGGUACGGACGCUCUUUGUCAGUGGCCUGCCUCUGGACAUUAAACCCCGGGAGCUUUAUUUGUUGUUCAGACCGUUCAAGGGAUAUGAAGGCUCUCUUAUUAAACUCACAUCUAAACAGCCUGUGGGCUUUGUUAGUUUUGACAGUCGCUCGGAAGCAGAAGCUGCGAAGAAUGCUUUGAACGGAAUUCGUUUUGACCCAGAAAUCCCUCAGACGCUCCGGCUAGAGUUCGCUAAGGCCAACACGAAGAUGGCUAAGAGCAAAUUAGUGGGAACGCCAAAUCCAAGCACUCCAACUGCCCCCAACACUGUACCUCAGUUCAUUACCAGAGACCCAUAUGAGCUCACAGUGCCUGCACUUUACCCCAGUAGCCCUGAAGUGUGGGCGCCGUACCCUCUCUACCCAGCGGAGUUAGCACCUGCUCUACCUCCGCCUGCUUUCACCUACCCCGCUUCACUGCAUGCCCAGAUGCGCUGGCUCCCUCCCUCCGAGGCUACUUCUCAGGGUUGGAAGUCCCGUCAGUUCUGCUGAAUACUGUGUACCAGGUGUGUGAUGGCGGCUACAAUCUGUCUUGUGGGUAUUAAAGUGUUCUUCCUAAGUCGCUACCAGUAUCUUACCUUCAUCUGCAAAAAUUCAGUGUGGCUUGAGAGAGACCUCCCACGAGCUUGGAUUCCUUCAAGACUUUGCCACAGCCUCUAUCACACAUCUGCUCUCCUAGAAACAAUUUUUUAAAAAAUAAAAUACUGAAUAUAAUAAUGUUUUCCUCUUCUACACUGUAUAAAAUUGUAAGGAAGAGAGUGUGUGACUUCUGAAAAAAAAAAGGGCGAACAUCUGCUUGGGAAAAGGUGUUUUCGAACAAAGCAGCAGCAACAAACAAAAAAACUCAAGUAUUUUUUAUACCAAACCUUGGAAGUGGAAGGAUCUGACACUGGGUUGGAACACUGAUUAUGUGCUUGACUUUUGAAUGCCCGUAAUUAAGAAUCCCCUCCCCGCCCCUGUCCUUUUAAGAUGCAUGUUUAAUGCAUGGGUUGUUUGUUUUUUUUAAUUUUUAAAAAUCUUGUUCAGAUUCUUAAGCAUAUUGUUAAAAUGUAUAAACAUUUUUGGCCAUCCUGGCUGGGAGUCUGGGAUGAACGAACAUGUGUUGAACAUAUUAAAUGUUCCUGUGACAUAUUGUA